AAUCCAUUAUAUAAUUAUAUCCAAUAUGAAUUAUUUUCAGUUUCAAUAAAAUGCACUAUUAUUGUAAUUAUUUGUUCACUUCAAAACCAUAAUAAGUUGAAUGUUUUAAAUUUACUAUCAAAACUUUAAGUAAACUUACUCAUCCAUUAUCAAAUAUGUUAUCGAGAAAAAAUAAAGAUACAAGAACUAUAAAAGAAGGAGUUGUGGGAAGAUAUGUUAAAAAAGACAAGCCACCUGAAAUACCGAUUAUAAAUGUAUGGACAACAGAACCUUUCAGAAAAAACAAUCAUAAUCGGACAAAUGUUCCAGAAUCAACCAAUCCCAAUAGUGCAAACCAGUCUAGUGGAACAGUUCAAAAGUUUGGAAAUGUGAAAAAUACACCAUCCCCAUCUAUGCUCAUUGGCCAUGAAGGAAAAUAUACCCCUAGUAGCUCUGUUCCUGAUUUAGCUCAAAAAUUUGCCAAUGCUAAUUUAUGGAGUAGUACUUCAGGAAUUGCAGUUGAUCAGUCAAUAAGUAUGAGAAAUGUUGGUAAUCGAUAUAUUUCUAAUGACUGUCAUAUUAAUCAUCAAAGAGGACCACAUACUAGUGCCAGUUGUUUGCCCUAUCAUUCACAUUCUGAUUUAGCAGAAUCUUCUGUCAUAAUGCAUAGAUUUGGUGAUAACACAAUAUAUACACCAGCUUUAUCACAGUGUUUUCCAAAUAUUCAACUACAACAUAAAAGUGAAAUUAUUAAUACCCAUCAUUCCACUCCUGCUUUACACAAUAUUGGACAAUCUGUACCAAUACCUUUACCUUCAGGAGGGGAAGAACUUCCUUUACCACCUGGUUGGUCCAUAGACUUAACUUUGAGGGGACGUAAGUAUUAUAUUGAUCACAACACAAAAACUACACAUUGGUCACAUCCAUUAGAAAAAGAAGGACUUCCUACUGGAUGGGAACGUAUUGAAAGCAAUGAUUAUGGAGUAUAUUUUGUUAAUCAUAUUACUCGACAGGCACAAUAUGAACAUCCGUGUGCACCACACUAUGUAUAUCAACCCGAAGUUAGAAUUUCAUUGCCACUUCCCCCUCCACCACCACCAAGACCUACACAUUUCCAUCCGCAUAAUAUGCUUGUGCCUGCUAAUCCUUACUUAAAUCAAGAAAUUCCUGUUUGGCUUAGUGUUUAUUCUCAAGCUGCACAAACAUUAGAUCAUAAACUCAGAUGGGAAAUGUUUCGGCUUCCAGAGCUUGACUGUUUCAAUGCUAUGCUGACUCGUUUAUAUAAACAAGAAUUGGAGGAGAUUGUUAUGCGCUACGAAGUUUAUAGAUCUGCAUUACUAUUUGAAAUGGACAGAAGACAUAUGCAAUCUCGAUGUAUUGAUACAAAUGAUUAUAAUCAAUAUGGACCUGGACCACGUAUAAUUGAUGUUACUAAUGAUAAUCUGCGAGAAGUUGCGCUUUCUCAACAUACAGAAACUAAAGUUUAAUUGUUGUUUAAAUUUAUUUUUGAAUUUAAUUAUUGAAUAUUGAUAUAGAUUAUAUAAUGUUACAAAAAUGUAA